AAGGAGGUUAGAAUAUAGCCAAGAAAAAAAAAUACUGACCAGAAAUAUGUAAACCAUGGAUUAUCAGGUAUUUUUUAGCAGUCUGGUGCAUAAGAAAUAAUAUGGAAACAAAUGAAAUAAAUGCGUGAAAAUUUCCUUCAUUUCUCUUUUUUCCGUCGCAUGACCUUUUUCAUUUCUCUGGUCAAAAAAAAGUACAAUACAUGGGCCAGUUUCAAUACCUGGUGUUGGAUAGUUAGUAAGUUUUAACCUAUUAUCUAUGUAUUUUAGGUUUUAACACUUCUUACUUUAUGUCAAAUGACUAAGACAGAUCUUGUAGCUAAUAAGUUAUCUGACACUUAACAGAAGAUGGUGAAAUUGACCCUGACAUUUACACUUACCUGUUUGAUCUAUGCACUGGCAUCAGAAUCAUCAAAAUCGGUUGAAGCUAAAAGAUUUUGAAUACCAACACUCACAAACUAUGAUAUACUAGACGUAGGUAACUCUACUCUUCUGGUGAUAAAUACUCUACUCUUCGGUGAUAAAUACUCUAUUCUUAGGUGAUAAAUGCUCUACUCUUGGGUGAUAAAUACUCUACUCUUCGGUGAUAAAUACUCUACUCUUCGGUGAUAAAUACUCUACUCUUAGGUAAAUAACUUAACAGUACACUAUUCAUUUUAAAAAUCACAAAUUAACCCUCCCUUUUCCAACACCUAGCAAUCAAUGUUUUAUGUAAUAGUGAGGUUAGCACGUUUAGGCGUUUGUAUUAAGUUCCGCUUUGAUUUUGUUGAUUCAACAUGCGUUCGUCUCACGUACUGAUUUUAUUUUACGUCAUUAUUAUGAAUUCCUCAAAUUAUGCACAUAAAUGUUUUUAUUCUGUACAAGUUACGCUUGACUACAAUCUCACAUGAUGGUAAGUGAUGCGCUUUAAGAUGGAAGCGGGCUAACUUGUCAGGAGUUGAAUGAAAGUACACACUCCUUUCGGUUUCUACACGACAUCGUUCCGGAACCACAGAAUAAAGAUGAUCCAGAAUGAGUAUUUACAAGCAGCGUGGUGAAACCGGUGAAACCCAUAAAAAGAAAACGCCUCCUUGAUAUCCGUAUAUAUACAAACUUUUUUUCACUAGCGACAUUUACGGAAAUGAAUAUAUUAAUUAAUAAUACCCAUUAAAAAUACUCCAUCUUAUUUCUUUCUUUCGAAAAACAUCGUGAGGAGCCAACGUGGUGGACUAUUGGCCUAACCCCUCAUUAUUGGUCUCAGAGGAGACUUGACUUCUUGAAAUACGCUAGCGUUAAUGAUAGAUAGAUACUAAAAAGAUUUUAAUUAGGAUAUCUAAUAAUUUGCGUAUUUCACCUUAAAUGUCAUAAUUUAAAACCUGAAUUCCAAAAUUAACUGUCAUUUUAUCAACACAAAAGCUUGUUUCAGUAUUAGCUAAAUAUAUUAGGAUUUUAAUUAAAUAAUAAAAAAACAGCUACAAGGUAAAUUUUAAUUUUGUUGAUGCGAUAAAUAUAUGGUUGUUUUUAUAUAUUUCCAAUAAUAUAUAGUUUGACACAACGUUUUAUCGAAGCUGUGGCGUAGAAUUUCGCCGCCCGAGGCUGACUUGAAUAAACUCCCUUCAAUGAUUACUUUAAAUUUAAAAUAUUUUAUUUCACGGUCGCGUGGCGCAGUGGGUAGUGACCCUGCUUUCUGCAUCCACGGCCGUGGCUUCGAUUCCCACAACUGGAAAAUAUUCGUGUGAUGAGCAUGAGUGUUUUCCAGUGUCUGUGUGUAUUUAUAUAUCAUAUAAGUAUUUAUAUGUAGUAUAUAAAUGUAUAUGAAUAUUAUAAUGUCAACUAUCUUAGUACCCAUAACACAAGCCACUCAGUAUGCUUACUUUGGGGCUAGAUAGUGAUGUGUAUUGUUUAAGUAUAUUUAUUUAUUUAUUUACGGUGUAUCGCACGUACACGUAUUUCACGUACAUCGUACAAAUUGAAAAUCAAGAUAAAUUAACACUGCUUCGGAAGGAAUAAAUAGCAAGCCGCGCCACCUCAACGAAGUUUCGAAGAGACAUAUAUUUGUGCUAGAUUUUGUCUAUUGAGUUUUGUGAGGCGUUCAUAUUUGGAUUUUCCAAAUUUUCAUGUUUAAUUUGCAUAUACUGCCCGGGUCACAGUGCACAUGACCCGGGCAGUAUAUGAAAGCUAGCAAAUUAAACAUGAAAAUUCGCCACUGCACCGAAAAACACCGAAAAUACGCUUCCCUACUGCACCAAAAAAGAGACCCCUAGGAGCUGUUAACUUCACAAUUAAACAUUAUUUAUCGAUGCUUUGGUUUAGUAUUCUAUAACGUAACGUACGUAGAGGAUUUUCUUUCGGAUGUAGGUGACAUUGAGGCGGAUAAUAUUGAAAUAGGUAAAUCUACUCUAUUCAUAAUGCUAACCGUUUCUAUUCAGUACCUUACAGUGUCAAAUAAUGACGGAACUUGGCGCACAAGUAAAACGAGAUGAAGAAUACCCAUUGCUCAAAGUAGAAUCAGGUGGUGGAGACAAUGUUCUGAGAUCUCAAGCACCUACAACAAUAGCAGCGUCGGGAUGGCACGUGACUUGUACACCCAAGCAGUCGUGGUGCAGUCGUUGGCCUGAGUUCGUCUCGGCUUGCUGGAUGACUAUAAUUUUGUUAGCAAUAUCCUUUCUAGUAUUUUGUGCGCUUGGCAUGAGUGCAUAUAGGAGGCAACCAGUUGUAGUUGUCAAAUGUAAUGAUACCAAGCCAGCUAGCGAAGUUUUCUACCAUCAUAUUAUACCUCGGGAUGCUCAUGUUCCACUUUCUAUUUUUUCUGAAUACCUUUCACACAUGGCAAGACAAUAUCCGCUGCUACGUAUAAACGUAAAUUUUCUAAUUGACGAUUCUUGGCAGAACUCUUUUCAAGAUUCUAGACUGCUGAGCGCUAGGCUUUUAAACAGAUUGAUACCACCAAUAGCAAGACCUUUCAGUAGCAUUUUUGGUCUGGACUACAAAAGAGAAAUAAGGGAUUUCCAAAGAAUAUAUGAAAAUGUAAAUAUAAGUGUGAUGGUGCUCAGCAAAUAUAUGGCAAGGACUCCCUUAAGAUACAAAUGGAGAACUAUACCUCCAAACUACUUAUCAUUUUACGCUAGAAUAUAUGCCAUUUGGCAGUAUGGUGGCAUUGGAUUUGAUUUUGUUACGUUCAAUAAUCAAUUUCAUCGAAAUCAAGCUAUUGAUAGUAGACUUGACGCAAUUUUAAAACAACACAAUGAUGGCAUCAGGACAGAAGCGUAUGCAGAUAAUACAUUCAAUUAUCCAGAAAUUCAAGCUCAAACUGAAAUAUUUUCAAUGUUCUUCAAUAUAGUUAAUCAAAUUUUAAAUGAAACAAGUUUGUUUUUUGGAGCUGACAACCAAGAUAUAAAAGAAUUAAACAAUACCCCACUCGUAAGAACUCAUAGAAUUAAACGUGAUAUUGCCAUUAAUAAAAAAAAUACUACUGUAAACUUUAAAAUCGAAAACCGAACAAAUAGUAAUAAUUUGAAUCACUCCAAUAAUAUUACAGAAAAAAUAAAAAAUCUCACAAAGAAUAUAUCCAAAGAAAACAACGACAGUAAUUACAGGAAAGGUCUUGAUGAAUUAAUGAAUCAACAUGAAGUUUUCCAUCAUCUAUUAAGGAUGCAAAAUGAUUCAAAAUUGAAUGUUGAUGUACCACAGGUUGUACUUUUUUACGAUGUCAUUGGAUUUUCGGAUGACGUUGGACCAUCUUAUUCUUAUCCUAAAACUUUCGCUCCAGCCGAUCUAGUCUCUAUAAAGGGUCCUUCCUUAAAGUAUGCAACUAUACAGGGACAGAGUAAACCUAAAUACCUAUCCUUAACUCCCGAAGGUCAUUUCAUAGCAGCUUCCUCACGACAUCAUCCAUUUUUAGCACAGCUGUUUUCUUCUGGGUGUCAAAGAUUUAGCCCACAAUUUGCAAUUAAAGAUACUCUUUUGAGCCAAUGUUCAGGUAUUAGAGAUGAUGUUUACUGUGACAAUAUUCGUGUCCUUUACGAUGUUGUGUAAGACUGUUUCUUACUUAUUGUUUA